AUGGCAGGAUUUAUUUUAGCUUGUGAAACAUUUGCCAUUGUGCUUCUUACUUCACAACUGGCAAAUCGUCUGACUGCACAUGGACAGGAGAGAGUGGGAGGAGAUAAUAAAUACCCACCACUUUGGGAUGAUGUUCCUGAUUCACUGGGUGAAUUUGAUACCAUCAAUAACAAGACUGUGAUCAAUCCUUGGAAUUACCUCGAACGAAUGGGAAUGUAUAAAACAUUACUGAGUGUCACGGCUAAGUACAUGAGCAAUUUUGGUCCCAGCAACACUGGAAAUGUGUUAUGGGGGCUGCCACUGCAACAUGGCUGGCAGUUUAAUACAGGUCGAUUAGCUGAUCCAUCCAAGGGAUCAUCCUGUGGCCAACAAGCUGGUGACCCACUGUGCAUCUCGACAAGAAGUUGGUGGUCUUGUAUGAAUUACUACUUGGCUACAAUACCCUUUUUGGGAGCAAUAGAAGCAGGCUUCUUUGAGGAUUGGCCUUUGGAAAUAAAAGUCUUGCAACCCGAAGAAUACAUGGAUAAUUUUUGUUACACUGCAGCUGACUGCCGUGUACUGAACCCUGCGAUGAUGGCCACAUGGACAACUUUCUUUCAGUUACUGAAAAUAACAAAUGAAUAUUCCCAAAUGGAGAUAUUACCUACUAUGUCAUCGGAAGAGGAUAAUAUUUGGCAUCAUCUGUGGAUGGCACAUGUUGCAUCGAUUGAAGCUGCACUUCCACAAUGUUCUGAAAGGUUGGCGUACAUUUCACCUCCUGAAGCACAGUUUGGUGUCAGCUGGGCGAAUGCAGUAGAAUUUAUUGCUCUUACUCAUUUUCCCACUAACUUCAAUCAAACCAAUAGCUUUCAAGUAUUUCUGCCUCAACGGAUGCUGUUAGCUGGAGAUAAGGCACCAUCUAUUCCUGACCUAAGUAAAGAGGAGAACAGAGUCUUGGUGGGUCUUGACAUUUUAUACAAAGGAAACCAAUUGACAGGUGGCUGGUUAUUGAAAGUGUGGAGAAGGAUCAUGUGCUCAGAAAAAGGAAGAGCAGUGGGUCGAAACCUUCUGGAAAAUGCUGUUGCAAAUCCUGAUCUCAUUUUAUCUGGAAUACGUAAUCUUUUUGUGGAAUUCAUUAAAAAUCAUCACUGUACUACAAUUAAUAUCUAAUCUUUAUGUUGUCUGCAAACAAGUAGCUUGCAAUAAAAAAUAA